AUGGGUAAACGAGCAACUUAUGGAGCUGGUCAUGUCGAUCCAAUAGCUGCGACAAAUCCUGGACUCGUCUAUGAAAUGGACAAAGCAGAUCACAUUGCUUUUCUCUGCGGCUUGAAUUACACUGCGGAUACCCUUGCACUCAUAGCUGGUGAAACAAUUACUUGCACUAAAGAAAACAAAACCUUACCAAGAAACCUCAACUAUCCUUCAAUGUCAGCUCAAUUGCGAAGAUCUGAAAGCUCACUCACAGUGACUUUCAACAGAACUGUCACUAAUGUUGGAACGCCCAACUCAACAUACAAAUCAAAGGUGGUCUUAAAUCAAGGAUCAAAGCUCAACGUCAAGGUCACACCUAGUGUUCUGUCUUUUAAGACGGUGAGUGAAAAGAAGUCUUUCACGGUGACUGUCACAGGUAGCGAUAGCGAUCCAAAACUGCCUUCAUCUGCAAAUCUAAUAUGGUCUGAUGGCACACAUAAUGUGAGAAGCCCUAUUGUUAUUUAUAUUGAUGGUGCCUAUUGA